GGCUGCGUGGCAACGGGGCUGGCAGCGGGGGCCGCCCGCCGGAGCCGCCGCCGCGGAGCGCAGAGCGGGCGCGCUGCCCUUCCGCGCUGGAUGCUGCGGCGGCCGCCCGGGAGCAGCCCCGCUCCGCGCCGCUCCGCGCCACCACCCACCGCGGGCACCCACCCAGGGCCGCCCCGCGCGGAGGCCAACCGCUCGGCCGGGCGCGGGGGCAAGGCGGCGCGGAGAUGGUGCCGCUGGUGCGGAGCGCCGGGGGCUCCCACCAGUGGCUGGCGAUCGUGGUCCUCGGCCUUUGCUGUCUCCUGGCCCCCGGGCGACUAGCCGCUCCGGGCGGAGACUACCCCGGGGCGGCCGUGGACAAUCUGGUGGUCAGGAAGGGGGACACGGCGGUGCUUAGGUGUUACUUGGAAGAUGGAGCUUCAAAAGGUGCCUGGCUGAAUCGGUCGAGUAUUAUUUUUGCUGGAAGUGAUAAGUGGUCAGUAGAUCCUCGGGUCUCAAUCGCAACAGCAAAUAGAAGAGAAUACAGCCUGCAGAUACAGGAUGUAGACGUGACAGAUGACGGUCCAUACACUUGUUCUGUGCAAACUCAGCACACUCCUAGAACGAUGCAGGUGCACUUAACUGUACAAGUUUCUCCGAAGAUAUUUCGCAUUUCGAGUGACAUCGUUGUGAACGAAGGCAGCAAUGUCACUCUGGUGUGCCUGGCCACAGGGAAGCCGGAGCCUUCCAUUUCUUGGAGACACAUCUCUCCCUCUGCAAAACCCUUUGAGAGCGGGCAGUACCUGGACAUCUACGGAAUUACAAGAGACCAGGCUGGGGAGUAUGAAUGCAGUGCGGAAAAUGAUGUCUCAGUCCCAGAUGUGAAAAAAGUAAAAGUCACAGUAAACUUUGCCCCCACAAUUCAGGAACUUAAAUCCAGCGGUGUGAUGCUUGGAGGGAACGGACUGAUACGGUGCGAAGGUGCAGGAGUUCCUGCCCCGGUCUUUGAGUGGUACAAAGGAGAGAGGAAACUGAUCAAUGGUCAACAAGGAAUUACUAUUAAAAAUUAUAGUACAAGAUCACUUCUUACUGUUACCAAUGUGACAGAAGAGCAUUUUGGCAACUAUACAUGUGUCGCUGCCAACAAGCUAGGGACGACCAAUGCCAGCCUGCCUCUCAACCCUCCCAGUACAGCCCAGUACGGGAUCACCGGUGAUGCCGAAGUCCUCUUCUCCUGCUGGUACCUUGUGUUGACACUGUCCUCCCUCACCAGCAUAUUCUACCUGAAGAACAUCAUUCUGCACUAAAUGUAAAGACCCAUAAAAGGCUUUUAAGGAUUCUCUGAAAGUGCUGAUGACUGGAUCCAAUCUGGUAGAGUUUGUUAAAAGCAGCGUGGGAUAUAAUCAGCAGUGCUUACAUGGGGAUGAUCGCCUUCUGUAGAAUUGCUCAUUAUGUAAAUACUUUAAUUCUACUCCUUUUUUUGAUUAGCUGCAUUACCUUGUGAAGCAGUACACAUUGUCCUUUUUUAAGACGUGAAAGCUCUGAAAUUACUUUUAGAGGAUAUUAAUUGUGAUUUCAUGUUUGUAAUCUACAAGUUUUCAAAAGCAUUCAGUCAUGGUCUGCUGAGUUGCAGACCGUAGUUUACAAAAAAAAAAAAAUAUAUAUAUAUUGCAGUAAAAAUGUGCUUCUUUAAGGCUGCAAUACAAAUAUUCAGUUCCCUUCUUAAAUAGCAUUCUAUCCACAUUUACACAGAAACAUUUUUUCUUUUUUGAUAAAAAAAAAAAAAAUCAAACAAACAAAUAAUAUUGCCUUCAAAAUAUUUCUUCAAAAUAUUACACAUAUCUAGAUUUUCUUCUAGCAUGAUAUUCAGGUUUCAAGAAUGAGCCUUGUAUUAUAACUGCAUUGUGCAGUACUGCUUUCUGUUUCCUUUCCUUUUUCCUGCAAAUUCAGCAUGGGUGUGCCUUCAUAAAACACUACUUUCCUCUUCCUCUCCAACAAAUCUGGAAUGUGUUUUGGGAAAUGCUAAAGCAUCCUUUUGAGCAUAAGAAAUCACUAGUUGAGGACAAAGGUGCUAUUGGCUAAAAGGAAAAACCUCCUCUCCCAUCUCCAGGGGGUCAUCGAACCGCUCCAGACUUUGGUUUUUAGGCAACCAGUCAAGGAGAGCACCGACUCCUUUUUAUGUUUUCCAUCUCCUACCACUAACCAGUAGGCGAUCUCUGCAAAAAAUAGUUUUCCCAUUACGAAACAGAACGCAAAUUAUUUUGAGACAUCUUUUGAACGUAGGAACGUUUCCCUUAGUCAUUCUAAAUCAAAACUCCUAAAUGGCUGUAAAUGUGAGAAGCUGAAUAGUCCCUUUUGUAUUACUGGCAAAAAUGAUGUGAAUUGGUAUUUUUCUUGCACUUAAUUUUGUACUGGUUUGGCUAAUUUAGCAAUGAUAAAGGAUGCUUUUAAAUAUUAGAUAUCUAAAAAUACAUGAAGUAUCAAGCAGAAUUUUAUAUAUAUACAUAUAUAUAUAUAAAAUACAUAUAUAUAUUAAAACGAGGUUGCUCCAAUAACUGUACCGAAGUGCAUGUUGCCAUCCAUGAUAGAAUCAUCUUUACAGACAGGACGUCGUUACCGAUGCACUAACACUGUACAAAUACCUUACCACAGCAGUUAAGGCCUCACACACAAGUUCCUAGUGCUGCAGACCAUCGAGAUAAUACUCUCAUUUCACCCAGUGAAGGAUCAAGUUUCAAAAUAGCAGAUAACGCUACUAACUUUUGGUUUAAACCACCCCGGGCAGCAUUAGCACAAAGUAUUGCUCACAGUUUAGAGAUGAAUUUAAAAACGCCAGCUGUGAAAAUUGCUGGGGCAUGACUAUGGCCAACAGCCCUUGAAGGCCAGAUCUCCUGGUGACCCCGAAAGACCUUGACUGGCUUACAAAACAACUGUUGAUGACAAGAAUAACAAAACCGUUACGGACGUUAUUAUUCCCCCCUGGUUUGUGUAUGGGCUCCGGUAGGCGACGCAGUUCUUACACUACGAGAUUUUUUUUUCUCCUGACAGCGGGGUUUGUGGCGAGCACUGCCAGGGGAGCACCGUGCAUCCUGCGCACACCCUGUGCAAAGGGCCAAAUUCAGUUUACAGGUGCCCCCCCCCCCCCCCCCAAGUUUUUGAAGAGGCAGACUCCGAGUUUCGCCCCUCUCAAUAUAUACUGUCCCGUGCUAACGCGUAGACAGAAUGCGCAGUGAAUCUGUUGUAGUUACUGAUAAACUCAGACGCAGGGUUUAAAACGGAAAUAUGUCGACUCCAAAAUAUGGCAGUAAAAUGUCCUGGAUCACUCUGCGUAUGUUCAGUGACAGAUCGUACUAUUCCUAUCAUAUUAUUUACAGCCAUGUGCUAAGCAGUUACUCUUUUCAGAAAUGUGGCAUUUUUUAAAACCUUGAAUAACAUGACAAAAUUCAUCCUUUAAGGAAAUAGGACAAGCCAAAUUGAAAUUAUACUAUACACAGUCCUGAUAUUCUGAUCUCUCUUGUAUUGCAGCUUUAAAGUGCUAUAUUUUAGAAUCCAUUCGCUAGAAACAGUGGUGCUGCAGAAAGUAGCAUGUCAGUACAGUUUUCUGAAGGAAGAAAAAAGGAUAUGCAUAGCCCAACUCAUAUGCCUUGUCUCACGUAAAAUUGAGAGAUGUUUCUAUACUGUGGCUGGAUCAGGUUAUGUAUUUUGAGGAUAUAUUUCAUUUCAGUGAUUCCUGAUAUCUGGGUCCUGGUAUUUCCAGCAACAGGAUAGAAUGAACGGCAGGUUUAUUAAAUACAAAAUAAGAGUAAUAAAUGAAGUAUGGACUGUUUGCAUUCGUACCAGGUAGAGCCACUGGAUAACAUGGACAAGAUACUCAGUCCCAUCUCUGAAUUUCCACUUAAAUUUGGAGGGGGGGACAUAAUUAUUGUCAAGUCAAAAAAAGAAAAGCAGCGAAACCCACAAAUAUUUCUCGGGGCCAAUGGCGUUUCCUUAGCUGAAAUAGGCAUUUUCCCUCAGGCCGACCUGCGUGUCUGGCAGCGGCCACGUGUGCGCGCGUGUGCAUGCGUGUGCGAGGCGUGGGGGGGGGCACAUGCUGCCGGGGGCCCGCGGGGGCCCGCUCAGGCCCCCCCCCCCCCCCCCCCCCAGCCCCACAAAGCGAUACAGCUUUACGCCCCGGUUAGUUCCGCAGGCAGAGCACGUAGAGCCCAGCGACCCUAAUUUUUGCAGGAUUGGAGCCGGAGGCGGUGUUGAUCGAAUAAAGAAACUUGGUUCCUGGUGAAUCUGUUCCAUGCGGCAAAGCGGUAAUUGUGCAGAUUGGGACUUAGCGGGGCGUUCGGUGCAGACUGCUGCAAAUUGAGCACAAGCACGUUUUCCGAAAUCUACCCACCCUGUAAUUUGUGGGGUGUCUUUGCUUUAGGCAGCUGUUUGAAGGUAUGUUCUAUGCUUCUUCAAAGGAUUAACCCAUACUGUUUCAUAUCUGUCGGGCAAACAUUAUUAUAUUUAUUCCCACCUUUCAAAAGUGAAAAAUAAAUGGCUUAGCUCCAAGCAGUAUAACUGAAUAUUUAUAUCAAGAUCGUUGUCCACAUUGGAAAACCCCAAAGUCUGUAACACCGUAAGUUCCUACUUGUGCAAUAACUCAGGUCUGCAAUUACCACUGCAUCGGUGACAUACAUAGAAGCAAUGAUGCUCUAAUUAUACAGUUGCUGAUCGUGAUAUUAUACUAAUAUUGAAUUAAAGGAUGUCUCACAACUUCUUGAACAAAUGCAGUUUCUCAAAGGUUUAUAACUUGGCAGGAAAUGUCUCCUUCAGAGCUAGACAGCUUUUUUUAAACUUUUCAAUAUAUAUUUUUUUGAGGAACUAUGAUGUUUUUAAGAUACAGGAGUGUUAAAAACCAUCACCGGUUAAAGCUGCUUUUUUGCACAUUUUCAGAGCUAGCGUUCUAGACAAGCAACGGUAAAUGUUACGCCUACCAAAAUCUCCGCUUAGUCCACAUAACUGUGUUAUAAAGAAUGUGUAUACCAAAAGAUGUGUUUACACGGAUAAAGAGUAUGCCUUAAAGACUAAAUAUGCAUUUACUUCUAAGACUGGAUCAGGCUUGUGCCCAGUCCGGAGGUAAAUAAUCCAUAUUUCACAGCCUGCCAUGGAAGGUUUUGUUUGGAGAAAAAAAAAGUGAAAGCAAAACCAAGCGUUUCUUUUGAAAGAAUCUGAAAAAAAAUUAAAUUCUUGCAUAAACUGGCAUACGUGAGGAAGUUUAGGAAGAGGAUAAAGGUUAGCCCGACACUUUAGCACCGGCAGCGCAUCACUUGGCGCGCAGGGUGUGCCGGGGAGGGGGGGCUGGCAGUGCCCAGGGGGGCUGCCCAAGGGCCGUGACGUCCCCCCCCACGUCCCCCUGGACGUGUCACUGCUGGGGUGACCCCGGGCCAGGGCAGAGCGAGGUGCUGGGUGCCCCCUCCUCCCGCAGCGCUGCGGGGAGGGGGGCCCCACAGCUGCACCCCUCCCGCCGUCCUGCAGCUUGCAACACACAGCUCUUUAAAAUAAGAAAACACUAAAAUAAAUAAAUAAAUAAAUAAAAAUCUUAAAACAGGAAUUAAAAAUUAUCCAUUCAGCCUUAAUAUUAAGAGUAGAUAAAUAAGUAUUAAUAUCAAAGGGAGGAAUUUACUUUCAAUUUAUCUGACCUUGAGCCCCACCGUUGCAGAUGAAAGGGUGCUGCAAACAUGCUUAGUUUGGGCUGGCUCUGGUUUUUCAGUCCUGUUUUAUUUUUCUCUUCUCAGCGUUGAGGGCAAGGCGGGGCGGGGGGGGGGGGGGUGGGGGGGAGGAAUUUAUUCUGCAAUUGGAAGAAGUCCGUAACGUAACUGAAAACAGCCAGAUCAAGGCAAUGGCACCAGGGUCUCAGGGUAAUUGGGGAGGGAUUCUCAAAUCCUGCUCCAAACAUUUCAUAGCAGCCAGGGCAGGGGAGAUUUUUACCAGGGCACCUCCAGCGCUGAGCACGUACCUAUGUGUUUGUAUCGCUUUCUGCCCAAUUUAUGCCUAAUUCGUGAAGAGCUCAAAGGUUCCUUUAUAUUAGAAAAUUCCUGCGCUGAAAAAAAAAAAAAAAAAAAAAAAAAAAAAAAAAAAAAAAAAAGAAGUGUAAGGAUCAGUGUAUUUGCCACCUCCCAUAAACUCGGGUUUCAGUCACUCCUCUCUUAGGGCACAUCAAGCUUUCCCGUCGCUUGGUAGGAUGUCAAUCUGCAUUGUAGGACAGGCUGGGGGGGCCGAUUCCCACUCGGGAAUCCCACUCGGCUGCUCGGGGCGCGUCUGGAGCGGAGCUGUGGCGAGGCCGCCAGGUCUCUGCAGGGGAGGGGUCCCAGGGGUGUGGGGGGGGGCUGCCGACACCAGCCACCCGGCAUCCCCCCCGCGUGCCGGUGGCCCCCCGAGUCCUGCCGCCCAGAGUCACCCCCACCCAGGGUUUGCUUUGCUCUCUGCCAACGGCCAGCCCGGCCACUGGCGAGGCGCAGGAGGCACCUUGCUCCUUUGUUCUCGCCCCGCACGGACACGGGGGGAGCGGAGGACUUGGUUCGCCCACGCAACGAACCUCGAACUCCCCCCCCCCCCCCCCCCCCCAACGGCGAUGAAAAAUCGCACGGCUGAAAGUCAUUUUCCUUGCAGCCCCUUUCAUUGCCGCAGCCCCCGGGGCCGCUGGACAGCAGGUAAACCUGAGCCCCAUUAGCAGAAUAAAUUACAUUUGUGCAGUGAGCCAGAAUUUAAAGACGGGGGAGGAGGAGAGAGUAUAGUGCUGCUCCGGCCACUAAAGCCGCAGGAGUUUCCCCUCUUAUCUGCCAAAUAUGAAAGUGCUCAUUAUUCCUCCACUAGCCUUCUUUUUCUAUGCUGCCAGAUAAAAAAAAUGCCUGUAAUGAUGAUAUAUAUUAUAUUUGGUAUCUAGAGGGCGAAAUCUGUUCUCUCCUAAUGCACAACCAUCCUUCUCUUUAUUAUUUUUCAGCCAAAAAAACAAAACACAAUUCGCACAUUACACGAUGCGAUUUAUGUGCAAUAACAUCAGCUUUUCCACUUAUCAAAACCAUUAUAGUCCCAAGCACACAACUCCCAUUAACCUCAACGACAGCGACUUAAAUGUGAACCACAAGUGAGAAUAAACCUUAAAGAUGUGAUUGAACAGCAGCAGCCUUGUUUUCUGGUAGGUGUCCAACGGUGAGAUGGCAGGGCCAUUUCUUCCCUCCCCCUGCCUUUUUUUUUUUUUCCUUUUUUUUUUUUUUUUUU